AUGGGUGCGCUGGCGGCCUGGUGGGGCGGUGUCGCGCUGCUCGGCGGGCUCGGCCUGGGCCUGCUCCCCGCUGCCACCGCGGAGCCAAGCUGCGGCCCGGGUCACUUUCUGCACGGGGUGGAGUCCGACGCGCGCUGCUGCCGCACCUGCCCCCCAAACACGGAGGCCUGCCCCGAGUGGGACUGCACCUGUGUCCAGCCCGAGUUUCACUGUGGAGACCCCAAGUGCUCCAGCUGUAAGCACCACCCAUGCCCGCCGGGCCAGGAGGCACGGCCGCAAGGGAAAUUCAAGUUUGGCUUUGACUGCGUUAAGUGUGCUGCUGGAACCUUCUCUGCGGGCCGUGAUGGCCGCUGCAAGCCACUGGCGGGCUGCUCCCAGCUCGGGUUCCACACUGUGUUUCCUGGGAACGGGACCCACAACGCCGUGUGUGGCCUGGGGCCUCCUGCUGAGCCGUGCCACCCACUGACCCUGGCCCUGCUGGCCAUUACCGCCUGCAUUCUCAUCCUGGUGGCCUCCCUGCUGGGCUUGCACAUGUGGGCGCUCAGGCGAACGCACACGUGGCACCAAGGGACGAAGCUGCCCCUGGGGGUGCCCAUGAUGGAGGACACACGCAGUUGCCAGUUUCCUGAGGAGGAGCGGGGGGAGCGGCUGGUGGAAGAGAAGAGCUGCUUCAGGGACCUGUGGGUGUGA